AGGAAGCCAUCGCUUAGACGCAGUUUUCACCGAAUUGGACUCGCGGGAAAAUAGUCAGGAGAUCUCGCGAGACAAAGUGACCUCGGGAAGCCAGAUUUGGGGGAGGAGGGGAGGGAGGAAGUGUCUCUCGCGAUAGACACGGCAAGCACACAGCUCGUGGAAGGGAAGGUGUGGUGAGGACUCUCGCGAGACCUGAAGGCACCGCAGCCGCCGCGGCGGCCGGAGUGGAGAGGACCGGAAGUCCUUCCUCCCGAGCACCCAGUGCUGGAGGCGGCCUGACUUUCUUUCCCGGAAGCCCUGCUCCAGCAGCUGGGAAGACAGCCCACCUGUCCGGAAGUCCCGCCUCCUCGAGCGCCCCCACCCAGAAGUUUUUCUGUCACCUAUGUUUGCCUUGGUCUCCCUUCCCGAGCUUGUCCCUGUACCCGAGUAGGAUACGUUUAGUGCCUCCUUCCCCGCCCUCACCGAACGGGUUGGCUGCCCCACUCCCGGACCCGGGGUUCCUUCCUUCCCCGCGCCCCCAUGUAGCUGGGAAGCGGGGCCUGGGGGCGGUUGGACCCCUGGGAUCCUGAAGGAGAGGAGGAGAGGGCGCGCACCUCCGCUGCUGCUCCUGCUACCGGGACGCGGCCUCUCCUGCCGCUCCCCUCCCGCUGCCAUGCACCCCGCGGCCUUCCCGCUUCCUGUGGUUGUGGCUGCCGUGCUCUGGGGAGCGACCCCCACCCGCGGGCUCAUUCGAGCGACCUCGGACCACAAUGCCAGCAUGGACUUUGCAGACCUGCCAGCGCUCUUUGGGGCUGCCCUGAGCCAAGAGGGACUUCAGGGCUUCCUUGUGGAGGCUCACCCGGCCAAUGCCUGCAGCCCCAUUGCCCCGCCGCCCCCAGCCCCGGUCAACGGGUCAGUCUUUAUUGCACUGCUACGAAGAUUCGACUGCAACUUUGACCUCAAGGUCCUCAAUGCUCAGAAGGCGGGGUACGGUGCAGCUGUGGUGCACAACGUGAACUCCAACGAGCUUCUGAACAUGGUGUGGAACAGCGAGGAAAUCCAGCAGCAGAUCUGGAUCCCGUCUGUGUUUAUCGGGGAGACGAGCUCCGAGUACCUGCGCACCCUCUUCGUCUACGAGAAGGGGGCUCGGGUGCUGCUGGUCCCAGACAACAGCUUCCCUUUGGGCUACUACCUCAUCCCUUUUACAGGGAUCGUGGGGCUGCUGGUUUUGGCCAUGGGAGCAGUGAUGAUAGUCCGUUGUGUCCAGCACCGGAAACGGCUCCAGCGGAAUCGACUGACCAAAGAGCAGCUGAAACAGAUUCCCACGCAUGACUAUCAGAAGGGAGACCAGUAUGACGUCUGUGCCAUCUGCCUGGACGAGUAUGAGGACGGGGACAGGCUGAGGGUGCUCCCCUGUGCUCAUGCCUACCACAGCCGCUGUGUGGACCCCUGGCUCACCCAGACCCGGAAGACCUGCCCCAUCUGCAAGCAGCCUGUCCAUCGGGGUCCUGGGGACGAGGAACAGGAGGACGAAACUCAGGGGCCAGAGGGUGAUGAAGAAGGGGAGCCAGGGGACCAACCUGUCUCAGAACGGACCCCGCUUCUGGGCUCCAGCCCCACACCUCCCACCUCCUUCGGCUCCCUGGCUCCAACCCCUCUGGCCUUCCCUGGAUCUCCAGCGGAUCCCCCGCCCGCUCCCUCCUCUUCAGCUGCCCUGCUGGUCUAAUAAUCCCCUUGGGCCCCCCCCCCCCCCCCCACAGACCUAUUUGCACAGCCCCUUUUCCUCCCUCCGGUUUCCCGGAUUGAGGGACAGGGGACAUGUCCACCCCAGGUUUCUCCCUCGCCCAACCCCAUCCUUUUGAAGGGGUUGAGGGUGUAGAGGGACUGGGUCUUCGUUUUCGGGGUUAAUAAAACAGUUUUUGUGAACUGAG